AUGCAGUUGGGGCAAUUAUCAGACAAAGUAUGAGAAGAGCAAGCACAGAUAAUUUUACAGCAAUUAUGGCUGCUUUUGUUCAUGAAGACGAUUAUAGAGUCAGUUCUAAUGCACUUAAAUGGUGAUGUAUUUAAUUUAAAUAUUGUUAUUACUUUUUGAUUUAAAAUAAAUAUUUUUGUUCAAAAAUGAUUUUUUAUAGUAAUUAAAUGAAAGCAAUAA